UGAUCGUCUGCGGUCUUACAAAACGAGCGAAUAAGCAUCCAUCCAUAACCCAAAAUUGAGCUCCUUUUUCUGUGCAUUUACAGACAGGCUGCGGCGUAGUGCGUCUCCGUUCGUCAAUUCAUCCUCUCUCUCUCCCCUUUCUAGCUCUAGGGGUUGCAAGUCGCAACUUGCAAUCUCUCCAUCUGUAGUAAUUUACUGUGCAAAAACCCCUCAAGUGAAACAGCAGCUAAGAUGUCGGAGAUGGCACAGACAGAUCCAGAGGGAAUCGACGGUGUUCGCAUGACUUGGAAUGCUUGGCCUCGCUCCAAAGUUGAAGCCAGCAAAAUUGUCAUCCCAAUCGCGGCCUCAAUCUCUCCGAUCCGUUCCCAUCCUGAAAUUCCCACCGUCCCUUACCUUCCUCUUCAUUGCAAGACAUGCUCCGCUGUUCUAAAUCCUUUCUGCCGUGUCGAUUAUUCCGCUCACAUCUGGAUCUGCCCUUUCUGCUUUCAGCGGAAUCAUUUCCCUCACCAUUAUUCCGCCAUCUCCGAAACCAACGUCCCUGCUGAGCUCUACCCUCAGUACACCACAAUCCAAUACACUCUCCCGCAGAAUUUAGCCAACCCUAACGCUGGCGCUGAUUUACCUUAUCAGCCGCCGGUUUUUGUCUUUGUGCUCGAUACUUGUGUGAUCGAGGAGGAAUUUAAUUACGCUAAAUCUGCUCUAAAUCAGGCUAUCACAUUACUCCCUGAGAAUGCUCUGGUCGGGUUUAUAUCGUUUGGGACGCAGGUGCAGGUUCAUGAAUUGGGGUUCUCGGAGAUGUCCAAGGUUUAUGUUUUCCGUGGAUCAAAGGAGUUGUCGAACGAUCAGGUUUUGGAACAACUGGGGCUUGGUAUGCUUGGCCGUAGGGUGGCAAAUCCUGGCUUCCAGAAGCAGUCAACAGGUGGUUUUCUACCGAAUGCAGGGGUUACUCGGUUCCUGUUGCCGGCUUCGGAAUGUGAAUUCAGCCUAAAUGCGUUAUUAGAUGAGUUGAGCAAAGAUCAAUGGCCAGUUCCACCUGGUCAGCGGGGAUCGAGAUGCACUGGAGCUGCAUUGAGCAUUGCAGCAGGCUUGCUAGCAGCAUGUUCAGCCAACAGUAAUGCUAGGAUUGUUGCUUUGGUUGGUGGUCCCUGCACUGAAGGACCUGGCACGAUUGUGUCAAAAGAUCUAUCUGAUCCGGUACGUUCACAUAAAGAUCUUGAUAAGGACGCAGCUCCACAUUUUAAAAAAGCUGUUCAGUUUUACGAGGAACUCUCGAAGCAUCUUGUCAGCCAUGGGCACAUCUUAGACGUUUUUGCUUCCGCACUUGACCAGGUUGGCAUUGCAGAAAUGAAGGUUGCUAUUGAACGCACUGGUGGACUUGUGGUUUUAGCUGAAAGUUUUGGCCAUUCUGUUUUUAAAGAUUCAUUCAAGCGAGUUUUUGAAAAGGGAGAGCAGUCUCUUGACCUGUCUUUCAAUGGUACACUCGAAAUAAUCUGUUCAAAGGAUAUAAAGAUUCAGGGUAUAAUUGGACCUUGUACUUCUUUGGAGAAGAAAGGACCAGCUGUUGCCAAUACUGUCAUUGGCGAGGGAAAUACAACAUCUUGGAAGUUAUGUGGCCUGGACAGAAGUACAUGCUUGACAGUGUUGUUUGAUGUAUCUGCUAGUGAAAAGCCCGACCCUUCAGGAAAUGUAAAUCAAAUGUUAUACAUACAGAUCCUAACAAGCUACCUGAGUGCAGAAGGUCAAGCACAAAAACGGGUUACCUCCCUUUGUAGAAGAUGGGUAGAUAGUACCGUUGGAUCAGAGGAGUUAGUACAGGGAUUUGAUCAGGAAACUGCUGCUGUAGUAAUGGCCAGAUUAGUCUCUUACAAAAUGGAGAUGGAGGAAGGAUUUGAUGCAACAAGGUGGUUGGAUCGUAGCCUCAUUCGGCUUUGUUCAAAAUUUGGUGACUACAGAAAGGAUGACCCAACUUCUUUUACUUUAAACACUUACUUUUCCUUGUUCCCCCAGUUCAUGUUCAACCUACGGCGCUCACAAUUUGUGCAGGUGUUUAAUAAUAGUCCCGACGAGACUGCUUACUUUCGCAUAUUAUUAAACCGGGAGAGUGUAGUCAAUGCCACUCUGAUGAUCCAGCCAUCGCUAAUGGCAUAUUCAUUCAAUUCAUUGCCUGCUCCAGCUUUGCUAGAUGUGUCUUCCAUUGCGGCUGAUCGAAUACUCUUGCUCGAUUCUUAUUUUAGUGUAGUUAUCUUCCAUGGAAUGACAAUUGCCCAGUGGCGAAAUAUGGGUUACCAUAAGCAGCCUGAGCAUGAGGCAUUUGCACAGCUGCUCUUAGCUCCUCAGGAUGAUGUCCAAAUGAUUAUGCGUGAACGAUUCCCUGUUGCCAGAUUGGUUGUAUGCGAUCAGCAUGGCUCUCAGGCAAGAUUCCUAUUAGCAAAACUGAACCCAUCGUCGACUUACAGUAAUGCUCAUGAAAUGAGUGCUGGCACAGAAAUGAUAUUUACUGAUGACGUUAGCUUACAAGUUUUCGUAGAGCAUCUUCAGAAGUUGGCUGUCCAAUCGUCUUAAUGAUCUGAUUUUGGAAAUUGCAAAAUGAAAGAGGAGGGACUAUAAGGGGCUCGCAGAAUUCGGUCUGUUUGAUAUCCAUCCUUUUUUUGUUUGUUCCAAUGCAAGCUGUGUUAUAUUUGUUUUCUCAUGGAUUUUUUGAUGGUAAAAGGUUGAAUAUUUUGUUUUUGAGACAAACCGGGGUUGGGGAAAAGGAGAAAUUAGAGCAUCAUCCUUUAGGGUUUGUUUAUUGCGUGAUUUAUACAGAAUUAAGGUAACUAGAAUGUAAGUUAUAAGAAGAUAUGAACUUACAUUUCGUUGGAUAGGAAAUCUCUUUUUUGCCCCCUCCCCCAUUCUUGUUAUUGUUAUUUCCUGUAAUGAAGAUUGUUUGUUUCUCUGUUACAUUUUGCUACUUCUUUUGGGAGGGACAAACAAACAGCUCCUAAUAAUUUAUUCCAGUUUUUGCAA